GAGAGCAUCACAGAGAAAAGCGCUCUAGCUUCGGAUACCGUGUUCGACUCGGACCAAUUCACAUCCCAACAUCAACCAGAGCAGAGGUCAGCGGACCAACGCAUACAACCUGGGAAAUUGGGGGAUUACAUUUUUAAAAAACGGAUUCCUCUGGACAUUUCCUUCGUCGAAAGAAGACCUCAUCAAAUUGACUUCAUAGACACAGAAUCAUUACGCUGGUCACCCAAGAAGAGCCUAGAGGACUGGGAUGAAGACUCCGGAGGAGCCGCCCUACCUGACAGUGGGCACUGAUGUCAGCGCCAAGUACAGAGGUGCUUUCUGUGAGGCCAAGAUUAAGACUGCCAAGAGACUGGUCAAGGCCAAGGUGACCUUUAAACCAGACCUGACCACAGUGGAGGUCCAUGAUGACAGCAUCCAAGGCCCUCUAAAGGUUGGUGCUGUAGUAGAGGUGAAGAACCCUUAUGGAGUGUACCAGGAAGCCUCCAUCAACAAGCUGACAGACUGCAGUAUAUACACUGUUGUGUUUGAUGAUGGUGAUGAGAAGACACUGAGGCGUUCCUCUCUCUGCCUGAAAGGAGCACGUCACUUUGCAGAGAGCGAGACACUAGAUCGCCUUCCUCUCACCAACCCUGAGCACUUCGGCACUCCUGUCAUCGGCAGGAAGGGGAACCGAGGACGCAGGUCCAAUCCAGUUCAGGAGGAGGAGCCAUCUUCGUCGUCCAGUGAAGAGGAGGAGAGUGACUGGAGACAGAAUGAAGAGCUGUUUGGGAAGGUGGUGUGUGUUGAGGGGGGUUCUGCCUCUACUGGAGACUGGAAGAACAAGACCACAGCGUGGUACCCUGCCCUGGUCAUCACCCCAGACUGCCAUGAAGAGGCCAUCAUAAAGAAAGACAGUAUCUUCAUCCGCUCCUUCAAGGAUGGAAAAUUUAACACGGUGCUGAGGAAGGACGUGAGGGUGAUGGACACAGACUCCCCUCCUAAUGCUGACGCAGGGCUCAAACCAGCGCUGGAUGAGGCUCUGGAGUUUGUGCAUCAGGCGGCAGUGCCCAGCUCCUGGAGGACAGAGGUCAAGGACGAGAGUUCCAGCAGUGAGGAAGAUGAUGAGGAAGAACAGGAGGAAGACGCCAGCGAUGAAGAGGAGGAGGAAGUGGAGCCCUUCCCUGAGGAGAGAGAGAACUUCUUGCAGCAGCUAUACAAGUUCAUGGAGGACAGAGGAACCCCAAUCCACAAGAAACCAGUGCUGGGCUACAGGAACCUGGACCUCUUCAAGCUCUACAGACUGGUGCAGAAACUCGGAGGCUUCCAUGAUAUUGAGAGUGGAUCCGUAUGGAAGACUGUCUACCAGGCUCUGGGAAUCCCUGUGCUUAACUCUGCCGCCGGCUACAACGUCAAAUGUGCUUACCGCAAGUACCUGUAUGGGUUUGAGGAAUACUGCACCUCCUGCGUCAUCACUUUCCGUAUGGACCUACCCCUGAAGCAGCCCAAGGCAGAGGGGGAGAGUGGGGAGGCAUGGUCAGGGGGAGCCACUUCCGUCCCCCCUGUAGCCUCCUCCAGCUGUGGAGAGGAACAGAAGCAGAAUGUAUCGGAGAAAUCCUCAGCGCGCUCAGAGACCAGCAGCGCUCAGCCUGACAUCUACAAGGUCUCUACUGAGCUGACCAAGGACAAACCUGAGCCAGAACCUUUGAAUCCUGUGCAGCGGAUGGCUGAAAGGGAAGGUGAUGAUGACAAUGAGGAAGAUUAUCACAAGCAUGAGUCUGAUGAUGAAGACUGGCCUUCAUUUGCUCGCCUCAGAGUGAAGCUGGAACCUUACGAUGAGGAGCAGGAGGAAGGGAAGGAGGAGGACAUCUCUGGCUCUGGGGAUGAGAUCUGCAGUCGGGAGGGCGAUGGUGGUGAUGAGGAUCUGGGGGAGGAAGGGGAGGAGUUUGAGUGUUACCCCCCGGGGAUGAAGGUGCAGGUGAGCUAUGGUCGCGGUCGCAGCCUGAAGACGUACCAGGCCACUGUGAAAGAUGCUGACGUGGAGGGGGGAGAGGUGCUCUACCUGGUUCACUACUGUGGCUGGAACGUCAGAUAUGACGAGUGGGUCAAAGCCGACAAGAUUGUCCGUCCGGCCAAUAAGAAUGUUCAAAAGAUCAAGCAUCGCAAGAAAAUAAAGAACAAAGCGGAGAGAGAGCGCAACCGCCUGGAACGACUGAACCAGGACCCCAACAACCUACGUGUCCCCCGCCCCUCCUCCAAACUCCUCGGCCCUGGCUAUGGCUCAUGUCCCGGCUUGGCCCACCAGCUCCAUGUCUUCUCCAAGAUGGAGGACGCCUCAGAUAGUUCAACAGAUGACAUUGAUCACCAGGAUGAGGAGGGUGAUUGUGAAGACGAAGAUGACCGUCCAGGGGGGCGCUGCGGUCUCAGAAAGGGGGGUACCUCAGAACAUCUCAGAGAGAGGGGUACCUCGGAACAUGUCAGAAAGGGGGGUACCCCAGAACAUCUCAGAAAGGGGGGUACCUCAGAACAUCUCAGAAAGGGGGGUACCCCAGAACAUCUCAGAAAGGGGGUUCCGCCCGAACCACCUCACGCAUUAGACCACUGGGAGGGUACCACCUUUACCAAAACCCCAUUGAUCGCAGGAAAUGGCCAAGAACCAAUCAACAAAGAUGCCCCGGAGGCGGUGAAAUGGCGAAGCCAACCAGUGUUUGAGGGUGAGAGGGAGGGGCCGGGUAGCUCUGCCUCGAGGAAGAGGAAGUCAGAGGGAGCAACCCGGGAGCGGUCGGAACGCACCCCUAAAGGACCCCUGUCCAAAACCAAGCUCCCCACCCGGAGCAUCAGGGACACUGACUGGCUGUCGAGAGACCCCAGGAAGGCCAGGGAGAGAGGAGGAGGAGGAGGAGGGGAGGAGAGAGGAGGAGGAGGGCCAGGGGAGGAGAGAGGAGGAGGAAGGCCAGGGGAGGAGAGAGGAGGAGGAAGGCCAGGGGAGGAGAGAGGAGGAGGAAGAGGGCCAGGGGAGGAGAGAGGAGGAGGGCCAGGGGAGGAGAGAGGCGGACCAGCAGGAGGAGGCUCUUCUAGUAGCAGCUCUGACGAUGAGGGAGGAGCACCACCUCCCACUGAUCCCAACCAAUCAGAGACCGACCGAGAGAGAGAGCAACCCAGUUCCUGUCCAAAAUCCAAACCUUCCCCCUCCAAGAAGUACAACGGCAUGAAGGACAAGACCGACAAAAGAGGCGGGAGUGGCAGUGGCGCCCGCCCUGCGGGAUUCUGGGAUAUUCCUGAGAAGAGGGCCAAGAUGGCUGCUACAGCGGAUGAGAGGGAGAGGCAGGUGGGUGGGGGGCGCACCAAGGGCCAGAAGGAUGUGUGGUCCAGUAUUCAGGCCCAGUGGCCCAAGAAGACCCUGAAGGAGCUGUUCUCUGACUCCGACACAGAGGCUGCUAACUCCCCUCCCCCUGGAACGGCCCAGUCCUUCUCAUCAGGCCUGGAGGAGAGGGAGAGCAAGGGGGAGCGGAACGGGGAUGGAGACGAGGCAGGAGGAGUCCCGGAGAGGGAGGACCCUGGGACCUCAGAGGAGAACCAGGAGAAGGAGAGGAGGAGUGAGCAGGAGGAGUUCCCCCCCAGCGGCUCUAACUCAGUACUCAACACCCCUCCUACAACCCCAGAGUCCCCCUCCAUGGAGGGUAUUAGUAGUGGAGCCAUUGCGCAAAGCUCUGGGACUGGUUCAAACUGGACUCAGCCCUCCUCUCCUCCCCUCUCCACAGGGACCCCUGCACUGUGUAAAACCCCCUCCUCUGACCCCCUGACUCCAGGAUACCCCAACCCCCUGACUCCAGGACACCCCAACCCCCUGACCCUGGGACACCCCAACCCCCUGACCCCAGGACACCCCAACCCCGACACCCCACCCCCUGAUCCUAGGACACCCCAACCCCUGACCCUAGGACACCCCAACCCCCUGACUCCAGGACACCCCAACCCCCUGACUCUGGGGUUGACCCCAGGACACCCCAACCUUCUGACCCCAGGACACCCCAACCCCCUGACCCCAGGACACCCCAACCCCCUUCCGGGUCACAGUGAGACAGAAAGCAGUACGUUGGAGGUGGAGAGUCUGGACCAGGACUUACCCCCAGGUAAGCAGUCUGGGAGGGGAGCUGCAGGACGAGGACUUACCUCCAGACGUCGCGGAGACGUGGGGGUGGCUCCUAACACUCCCCGACACCGUUUCGUUCCUCGCGGAGACGUGGGGGUGGCUCCUAACACGCUCCGGCACCGUUUCGUUCCUCGUGGAGACGUGGGGGUGGCUCCUAACACGCUCCGGCACCGUUUCGUUCCUCGCGGAGACGUGGGGGUGGCUCCUAACACUCCCCGACACCGUUUCGUUCCUCGCGGAGACGUGGGGGUGGCUCCUAACACUCCCCGACACCGUUUCGUUCCUCGCGGAGACGUGGGGGUGGCUCCUAACACGCUCCGGCACCGUUUCGUUCCUCGUGGAGACGUGGGGGUGGCUCCUAACACGCUCCGGCACCGUUUCGUUCCUCGUGGAGACGUGGGGGUGGCUCCUAACACGCUCCGGCACCUUUGGAGAUGUUUGACAGGCUUUGUUUAUACACUUUCACUCCGUCUCCCGUCUUCACCUUCCCGUCUUCACCUUCCCGUGUCCUUCCCGUCUUCACCUUCCCGUGUCCUUCCCGUCUUCACCUUCCCGUCUUCACCUUCCCGUGUCCUUCCCGUCUUCACCUUCCCGUGUCCUUCCCGUGUCCUUCCCGUCUUCACCUUCCCGUGUCCUUCCCGUCUUCACCUUCCCGUGUCCUUCCCGUGUCCUUCCCGUCUUCACCUUCCCGUCUUCACCUUCCCGUGUCCUUCCCGUCUUCACCUUCCCGUGUCCUUCCCGUCUUCACCUUCCCGUGUCCUUCCCGUCUUCACCUUCCCGUGUCCUUCCCGUCUUCACCUUCCCGUGUCCUUCCCGUCUUCACCUUCCCGUGUCCUUCCCGUCUUCACCUUCCCGUGUCUUUCCCGUCUUCACCUUCCAGUGUCUGCCAGUCACAAGCGUCAGAAGGAACAGCAGGCAGGUGGAGCAGCAAAGAAACCCAAGCCAAACAGAAAGAGCUCAGUGCCUCCCAAGAAGAACAACAGGAAAACUGCCCACAGCAGUGACAGUGAAGACCAGUUAGUGGGUGAGAGUAUGGCUAAGUCUUCAGCCUCCAAGACCCAUGGUGCAGCAGACAUGAAGGGGUCCAUCUCCCCCAAGUGUCUCAGCCAGGGACAGGUUGAGGGACACACACCUCCAUCCAGCCAGAAGUACCACAAGGAGCAGCAGCAUGGGUACCCUGACCACAGAGCGCACCAUGGCAGAACAGCAUCCGUCUACAAGUGGAGCGUCCAGAUGUCGGACCUGGAGAAGAUGUGUAGUCUGGAGAGGAUCUCCUUCCUCCAGGAGAAGCUGCAGGACAUCAGGAACCACUACCUGUCUCUCAAGUCUGAGGUGGCAUCCAUCGACAGACGACGCAAACGCAUCAAGAAGAAAGAGAGAGAGAGUACAGUGGCUGCAUCUUCCUCCUCCUCCUCUUCCUCGUCCCCACCCUCCUCCAGCUCUCUAACAGCAGCAACCCACCCAGGCCUGAUGUUGACACUAGCCGACACUCCUGUGUCAUCCUCUUCCUCCUCUCAGAACUCUGUGGUGUCUUUAGAAUGUAGGUGA